CUCUCUCACUCGUCAAGACUGUUAAACCCUCUCCUCUCCUCUCCUCUCCUCUCCCUUCGCUUGUAUUCUCAGAGAAAACUUGCACGAACCCCCACCGAGAGAAACGAACUCGGCCAAAUGGAUCCCUCCUUGGCCAAGCGACUGUUGCACAUGAUAAGAGCUGCUUACUACAUGCUGCGCAAGGGCUUAUCCAAGCACAAGCUCAUGAUGGAUCUCCAUCUCCUCCUCAAGCGCGGCAAGCUCGCUAGAAAAGCCGUCGGAAACAUCGUCACCUUCCACCACCAUCAUGACCGCCACAUCAGCGCCGACAUGUCGGGCCGCUCCAUGGAUCCCGACCUCUCCCUCUACGACAUCAAGGAGGUGGAGUUCAGCUGCAGCAACACCCCUUCCUACCCCUCCUUCCUCCUCUCCGCCAAGCGGAAGAACCGCCACCACUGCCACGACCUCGACUUCGCCGCGAUGGCCAGGGAGCUCGAAAAGCUGAACGCGGAGAUAUCUGAUGCCGAGUCGUCGGCUGUGGCGUCGCCGUCGCCUGCGCUCAUGUGGAGCUUCGGGAAGAGCCCGGCAGCGGUGAGGCAGCUGAGGAUAACAGACUCGCCGUUCCCGAUAAGGGAGGAGGACGGGGAGGCCGACGGCCGCGUUGACCGGGAGGCAGAGGAGUUCAUCAAGAGGUUCUACGAGCAGCUUCGCCUCCAGCAGAGCGUCCCGCCGACGCCGGAAUCCCAGUGCCGCCUCGGCAAGCCUGCCUGAGGCGGCCUUCACGGAGCUUAUCUGCUGCGACUGAUGAGGCCGUAUAAAAUGGGUAGCAUACGAAUCUACCGUUGUUCAGAGCUUCUUUGCUGCUUUGGUGUCCGUAGUGGGAAGCUGAGAGUGCCUGUUCGUGGACUAUAUGCUAGUUUUGUGUUCCUUACUGUUCAAUAAAGGAUAAAAAUACUGGUGGAUAUAUUA